UAACAAAAAACAUUAGUAUGCAUAUAAAAAAUUAUCAAUUCUUGUUAUCAACACGUUAAAAAAAUUAAACUUUAAAUUCUAGUAAGAAAAAAACAAAUUUUAAUAAAUAUGUUCAAGCACCUCAAAACGGUCAACAACUUCCUCUCCCACCUUCACAUAUCAACUCGACCAGCCCACAAAAAUGUCACCAUUCAACCAAUAAAAAAAAUCCUCAUCGCAAAUCGAGGUGAAAUUGCUUGCCGAGUGAUAAGAACUGCCAAAAAACUUGGUAUUCAAUCAGUUGCAGUAUAUUCCGAUGCCGAUAAAAAUUCAAUGCACACUUUAAUGGCUGAUGAAGCAUAUCGUGUUGGUACAGCUUCUUCAUCUGAUUCAUAUUUAAAAAGUUCUGUAAUUCUUGACAUUGCCAAAAAAACUAAUUGCCAAGGAAUCCAUCCAGGUUAUGGAUUUCUUUCAGAGAAUUUUGAAUUCUCUGAACAAUGUCAUAAAGAGGGGGUUAUUUUUAUUGGACCACCAGGUUCAGCUAUUCGAGAUAUGGGAAUCAAAAGUACCUCCAAGUCGAUAAUGGCUGCCGCUGGGGUACCCAUUAUAAAUGGUUACCACGGCGAAGAUCAAACCGACGACAAACUCAUCGAAGAAGCCGAUAAAAUAGGGUUUCCUUUAAUGAUUAAAGCAAUACGUGGGGGAGGUGGGAAAGGCAUGAGAAUUGCCGAAAGUAAAGAGAAGUUCUUGGAAGCUCUGAAUUCCGCUAGAACUGAAUCUGCCAAAUCCUUUGGCGAUAGUUCAGUGCUUCUGGAGAGAUAUGUCCGUUCACCUCGUCAUGUUGAGGUACAAGUCUUUGCCGAUCAAUACGGCGAUGCGGUGUAUCUCUUCGAACGAGAUUGUUCCGUUCAGAGGAGACACCAAAAGAUAAUUGAGGAAGCUCCAGCUCCAGGUUUGUCGGAAGAACUCCGAAGAAACCUAGGAGAAGCUGGAGUUAGAGCUGCAAAAGCUGUAGGUUAUGUUGGAGCUGGAACUGUUGAGUUUAUUCUUGACAAAUUUGAUCAUUCGUUCCAUUUUAUGGAAAUGAAUACACGCUUGCAGGUUGAGCAUCCUAUCACUGAAAUGAUAACCAAUACCGAUUUGGUUGAAUGGCAGAUUCGUAUUGCCUCUGGGGAACCACUUCCUCUGACCCAGGACCAAAUCAAAAGGAAAGGUCAUGCAUUCGAAGCCCGAAUCUAUGCCGAGAAUCCUAGAAAUGGAUUCCUUCCUGGAGCAGGAAAGCUCCGCCAUUUGUCAACUCCCAAAGCUGAUAAAAAUGUUCGAAUUGAAACUGGAGUUCGGCAGGGUGAUGAGGUAUCUGUUCACUAUGAUCCGAUGAUAGCUAAAUUGGUUGUUUGGGGAGAAGAUCGGACGAGUGCUUUGAAUUUGCUCAUUGGCAAGUUGGGAGAAUAUCAAAUUGCUGGGCUAGAUACAAAUGUUAAUUUUUUGAUUGAUUUGGCGUCGCAUGGACAUUUUAGAGCUGGAAAUGUUCAUACGGGAUUUAUUGAUGAACAUUUUAGUUCGUUGUUUCCGCCGAUUAAUGUCACUGAAGAGUUGGCAAUGAAAGCAGCGGCAACUCUAUUCCUUAAUGAAGACAAUGCAGUGAGGAAGAAUUCCAACUUAAAAGCCCUUACAAAAGGUGAUCCAUUUUUAGAUGCUCUGAGAUAUCGUGUCAAUCAUGAUUUUGUCCGAGAGUACUUUUUAGAAAUGGAUGGAGAGAUGUUUAAAGUCGAGCUGAAAAGUAGUUCGGAUGAUAUUCAAAUGAGAAUGAAUGGUGGAGCAUGGAGGAAUGUUAAAGUGCUCCUCGUCCAUUGUGACAAUAGAUGUACUAUUCAACUAGAUAUCGACGGAGAUAUAUCAUCAUUCAGUUCGACACUUUAUAAUGGUAAUUUGGAUAUAUUUGCAGCUGAUGGUCGAUACUCAUUCAAUGUAAAACAACCUAAAUUCCUAACAUCGAAUGAAGAAGCUUCUGGUGGUGGUAAUGGUAAUUUUGUUGCAUCACCAAUGCCAGGUGUGUUGGAGAGACUUUUAGUUGAACCUGAUGAUGAAGUUAAGAAAGGUGAUAAUUUGGCGGUUAUAAUUGCUAUGAAAAUGGAACAUGUACUGAAGGCACCGAGAGAUGGUGUGGUUAAGAGUGUUGGAGCAAAGCAGGGGGAUAGUGUUGUUAAAGGGAAACCGAUUAUACAGUUGACAGUGGAGGAGGAGGAGGAGGAAGAGAAGUAAUCUCAAAAAAGGAGGGAUUAAGAGAUUUAUUAUGAUGACGAAAAUGUCUUCCAGAUAUGCAUUUAUUUUUUUUUUUUACUAUAUACACUUUGUUAUAAUAUAUAAAUUUUACAUGGGUUGUCUAAUUUUUUAAGAAAUUUUAUAAUAUUGCCUUGAGCUAUAAAGCCUCACUUUUUUAUAAAUAUACAAUUUUACACAUGGACGAAGAAUAAA